ACGGCCGUCCAGGCCAAGGACUUCACCUCCAACAAGGUCUCGUCCGCCUCGUCAGCCGUCUACAACACGGUGGCCGGCGUGGCCGACUACACCAAGACGCAAGUGGUGCACGCGUCGUCGUCCACGUACGGAACGGUCAAGGGCAUCACGGUCUCGGUGCUCAGCUACGUGCCUGUGAUCGGCCCCAAGAUUGUGGCGUAA